AUGUCCAAUUUCUUCCGGCGAAUCCAACCGCAAUCCCCCGUCCUACGAAACAACUACUUCAUCCAAGUCGACGACAACCUCGCGUGGAGCUCUAGUAUAGGACCUGAAGAUACAGAGGGAGAAGGCGGGAUAGGCUGGUUUACAGCGGAGAAGAAUAAAGCGGUUGAGCAUCAUUGGUUUAGGAGUGAGAGGCAGAGUUUGAGACGACUCCCCAAAACCGGCGGCGUAGUCUUCACAAUCCGGACCUACUUCCACCCCAUCACGGAGAUCGCACAGGAGCCCUACGUACCGGGUAGACUGGCCAGUGCGAUCCGUUCUUGGGGGGACGAUGUGAGUCGGUACAAGGGGAAGGAGAUGUAUGGGGAUGUGCUGUUGGAGUAUUUAGAUAGGAGACAUCAGGAGCAGGUGGAGGCGGGGUUGGAUGUUGGGGCUGAAGAGGGGGUGAGGGGGUAUCCCUUUUGA